GCGUCCUAUUGUGAUGAACUGUGUUGUGGAAUAAAAUGUACGCGAGUUAUAAUUGACUAUAAUGUGGGGUGUUGUGUUAUAAUAUAGGUAUCUUCGGAUCCUUCAAUGGCAGUCGGCAGAUGUAAACACAAAUCCGAAAUGAGAUGAGUAUGCGCGUGUCGUGGGCCAGAUGGUAUUGGAUAGUUAUCUUCACGACUUGCACCGCGAGGACGGCCAGCGACUGGCUCGACUGCGCCCACAUCGCAACUUGUCGCUGUAAGUGGUCCUCCGGCAAGAAGACCGCCACCUGCGCGUCUGGAGACCUGCGCAGACCACCGGCUCUCUCAUCCGACAUCCAGGUCCUCGACCUACACGACAAUCCGCUCAGGAAUCUACCGCAAGGAGUUUUCUCGAAUAUCGGCUUACUUAAUCUACAACGAAUAAAUCUGAAAGCGACAAAAUUACGUUCAAUAAACGCGGAUGCUUUUCUAGAAUUGAGAAUAUUGAUCGAAGUGGACCUAGCUGACAACGAUUUAGCUGUUUUACCAAGAGAUAUAUUCAGAGGUAACGAACGGCUUCGAUUGGUGGUUCUCAGUAAUAAUCCUUUGACCAAUUUGAUCUCUGACCAGUUCCCGCCGCUACCGCAUCUCCGAAUGUUAUUACUAGAUGGCUGCCGACUUCGGACAAUACACACGAAAGCUUUGAGAAAUUUACGAUCACUAGAAACUAUAGAUUUACGGAGAAAUCAACUAACAUUCCUGCGAUUGAUAACGUUUUCGUUGCCAGCUUUAAAGACGAUGUCACUGUCGGGGAAUCCCUGGCGAUGCGACUGUCGGUUAGGGGAAUUUCGAGAUUGGUUCUUAGAUAGUAAAUUGGGUACGGAAGACCUAUUAUGUACGGAGCCACCGAGUCAGGCUGGAAAUAAAUGGCGAAAUGUUCCUAGCGAAAACAUGACGUGCGCUCCCGAAGUGCGAUCGAGUACACUGGUUGUGAGAGCGGAGGUCGGAUUCGCGGUCACGUUUGGUUGCUGGAUACAUGGUAUCCCAAAGCCGCAAGUGACUUGGUUAUUUGACGGUAUGAAUAUACGCAACAGUACGAUAGAUUGCGAUAUGGAAGAAACCGAUACGACAGUAGAAAAUGACAUUUCAGAAGAUAGAGUGCCUGGUAGUGUAAGGUGGGUUAAUAUAACAUUGUUAAAUAUAACUUCUAGUGUUGCUGGAGAAUGGACUUGUGUAGCAAAGAGUACGGCGGGAGAGGCCAGAGCUGUGAUAAGUCUGGUCCUACCUCGGUCUCAAACGGCAACGGCUCGCACCGCGCCGGGUAUACCCCAACUUUUAGGAGUAGUUUUUGGUGCACUAGUUGCGCUGGCGGCUCUAGGUUUUAUCGCCGCAGUCGCUUGUUGGCAUCUUAGAAGACGAUCUGUGCCACCCAGUAGAAGCUUUAUGGACCAGGAGAAACGUCUAAUAGAUGCGUCAGUCGUUGUGAGCUGCGACCGGUCUAUAGCUGAUAUGGCGUCCCCUUGUGACUUCGAGCUCACUGAACGUUCCCUAUCUGUUGAUAACGAUCAGCCGAGAGGUUGUGGAUUUGAUCCAGUUCAUAUUACGAUAGAGGGAACUCCGGGAGUAUUUCCUCCGCCACCAGCGGAAUUCGCGGUACCAGUGCCGUAUGGAAACAUUUUUAUUUCCGUACAAGUUGCAGGAAGAAGUGAGCCGACCAAAUAUCCUGAUCUACUGAGCGGAGGUGCGACUUUACCUAGGCGGAGUAGAACUUGUUGUACUGCCCCCGCGUAUGAUAACAUGGGUCCUAGAGUGACGGCCACUGGCAGCUCCACCUGGUCGCUGCCCGGCGCAAGUUGCGACAACCCUGAGCCGUGUGAGACACCAGUUUUAAGUUUACCGCCACCACCGCCAGAGUUCGUUUCCCUUUAGCCUAGGGUUCUGGUACUGGAUCCCUCUGCCCUGAGGUGACCUGGUACCGGUUUUUGAGUCAAUUAGACUAUUUCCCAAUUUUAUUGUACUUAUAAUAAUUUUGUCUUAAUCGUUUAAAAUGUAAAUAAAGAUGAAUAGAGAAUGAAUGUAAUGGACGUUUGGCAUCCCGCGAGGUAAAGUGUUGUUAUCAAAUAUUAAAAUUAAAAAUUUUACUAUAAAAUAACUUAAGACCUACUUGUUAUUUGUAAUGGAGUGUGUUUGGUGUGAGAAAGAUUUCGAUCUUUAUCUGUUUGUUUCUUAGAUAUUUCUUUAAGUCACGUCGCAUAUGUGUCUUCCCAACUUUUGUAAAUAUCAUUUAUUCAUAUUAUACAAUUUUCCCAAAUAUAAGACUGACCCUUUUAUCUUAUUUUCAACCC